UCCCUCGGGGGCCGGCGGCCUGGCCCGGGGGCUGCGUGGAGGUUUUCGGCCUCGGCAGGGCGGGAUGAGCCCCUGGCAGGGCCCCGGUACUGGAAGGACGGAGAGAGAGGAGGGAGCAGCGAGGCCGCGCUUUGCCCGCAGCCGGCGGCUCUAGGCUGGCUCUCCAGCCGGGAUGCGAAGGUACCGGUGAAGCUGGUGCCGUUCCCAGGACACUCGCGGAGCUUCUGGGGUCCUCGGGUCCCGUCCCCGGGCCAGGGAAGAGCCGCCGUCAGCAUCCUCCGGUGGACGAAGGCUGGAGCCCGGCCCGUUCCUGCUGAGCAUCCGUUCCUGCUUCCCCCAGACCGGCCCCGUCCUGGCGCGGUGCCGCCGGUUGCCCCGGGGCUCUGGGGCCGACUGGCCCCGCUCGCCGCCCGGGGCAACCAUGCCCUCCCCCAGCGAGUCCAGCCGCUCGCUGACCGGCCGCACGUCCCGCAGCCUCACGCACCUCCGCGUCCAGCGGACCUGGCUGCAGAUCCUGCUGGUGCUGGGCUUCAUCCAAAUCAUCCUGGGAGUCCUGAUCGUCACCUUCAGCCUGGUGGCGGCCACCAUCACGCCUUCUGCCAAGAUCCGGCAUUCCUGCCCAUCUUGGGCCGGCUUCUCGCUGGCGCUGUCUGGGAUUGUUGGCAUUGUCUCCUGGAAGCGGCCGCUCACCCUGGUGGUCACCUUCUUCACAUUGCUGUCAGUGCUGGGUGUCAUGCUGAGCCUUGCUGGAUCCAUCCUGUCCUGCCAGAACGCGCAGCUGGUGAGGUCUCUGGAGGCCUGCGAGACGGAAAGGGACUCGUGUGUCUGCUGCCAGGCCCGCUCAGAAACUCUGCCAGCCUCCUGCAGCCAGCAGAGUGAGAUGCUGACCAUGUUCCCCACCCCUAAAUGCAGGAGUAUCCAUGUGGUGCUCAAGGAUCUCCUCUUCAGUGUCUGUGGCUUGACUGUCUUCUCCACCAUCAUCUGCACUCUCUCUGCUGUUGUGUGCUGCAUCCAGAUUUUCUCCCUUGACAUUGCCCAUGUGCUGGUCCCUCAGCGCUCGAGCUCCGUGACGCUGGAAUGCACUUCCCCCCCUGACACCUUUCUUCAGAGCAUGAUGGACUUUGAGGAGUUUGUGCCCCCAGUACCACCACCGCCCUACUACCCACCCGAGUACACCUGCAGCUCUGAGACCGAUGCGCAGAGUAUCACCUACAACGGCUCCAUGGACAGCCCUGUGCCUCUCUACCCGACUGACUUCCCCCCUUCCUAUGAGACUGUGAUGGGGCUGCGGGGGGACAGCCAGGUGGGAGCCGGGAUCCCAGGCAGGGAUGGGUUCCUGCUCUGCCUGUGCACUGACCACGCUGUCCUGCAGGCCACCCUGUUUGACUCACAGCUGAUGGACGGCUCACACACCUGCACCUGCGACCGUGUCCCCUCCAUCGUGCUCAGUGGAGAAGUGUCCAUGGACAGCGGGUCCUUGAUCAUGUCAGAGAUCAUGGACAUCCCUGGGGACAGCAGUCCCUCGGAGGACUCGUGUCUGCUGGAGCUGCAGGGCUCCAUGCGCUCCAUGGAUUACGUCCUCUUCCGCUCCAUCCAGCGGAGCCGUGCGGAUUACUGCCUGAGUGUGGACUGCGUGCAGUGCAGCCACCACGCACGCAGCCCCACACUGGGCUUGCAGGGACCCUUCGAGGAGACCCCUCAGCCCCGGGUGCGGGGGGAACGCUCCUAUUCCUGCUCCACAGCAGAGCCAGGCUGUGACGGCAUCUUGGUGGGGGGAGCCGUGACCCACAGCUGCAAUCGCCUGGAGGGGCUGUCCCGCUGCCUCGGGCCCUGCUUCCCCGAGGUGCGACUCAAGGAGAAGGGUUCUCUGCAAGGACGUGGGGGUGGCUGUCCCACAGGCUCUGGCUCCGGACCCCUGAGUCACCCACGGCGCAACAGUGAGACCUCCUGCCCCUCAUCCCCUGCCCCGGGGCUGAGCCAGCGCCUGCUGGUGAGGUCACACAGUGACCCUGGUGUCCUGACUGCUGGUGAUGCUGCAGAUUUCAGGGAAGUACUUUAUACCAAAGCACUGGAGGACAGCGUGUCCAACUCCUCUGCGGAUACAGGGCUGUGCUCAGAGGCCUGCCUGCUCCGCCAUUCACACUGUGACUCCCCCCGACUGCUCCGGGCUGGCUCAGUGGGGAAGAACAAGCUGCUGCCCUCCAAGAAGGUGAUGCAGCAGUUAUCAAAGACGACAACUCGCUCCCUGGGGGAUCUCAAAGUCUGCCGGGGCACUCGUGGGCUGGUGGCCAGGUUCCUGCAGAGACCCAAACGCAGCCCAGCAGCUGGUGUGGAGGUGCCCGGGCACGGCUCUCAGGGGCACAAGCAGGUUCCCUGGAACACCCGGUCCGGAGCAGAGCGGCCCCACGAAGGCAUCCACCUGCAGAGCUGCGGGGAUCUGAGCUCCACCUCCUCCCUGCGCCGGCUCCUCUCCUCCCGCCGCCUGGAGCGCAGCCGCCCGCGGAGCCUCAGCGGGACCUGCAAGGAGAGCGCCCUGUGACACCUCCGCGGGGACAUUCCCGGUGCCACAGGGGCGGUCCCGCUCCGGGCCACGGCCCUCGGACUUCUCGGACAUUGCUGCUGCCCGGGCGGGGCUGGGUCCUGCGCCGCUGCCCUGGGGGUUCUGCCGGGCCCCUGCUCCAUGGGGAGACAGGGCUGGGGGCUGGUCCCCUGGGGUACCUGCUGGGGGCCGAGGUGGCCGUGCCUGUCCCCUGCACCAGCCGUGCCUGUACUCCCGGGACGGCCAUGCCUGUCCCCCAGAGUGGCUGUGCCUGUUCCCCCCGUCCUGGCUGUGCCUGUCCCCUGCACCAGCCGUGCCUGUACCCCUGGGGUGGCCGUGCCUGUCCCCCGCACUGGCCGUGUCUGUACCCUGCCUCGGCGGUGCUUGUCCCUUGCCCUGUCCCCUGUGCUGGCCAUGCCUGUCCCUCGCCCUUGUCCCCUGCGCCGGCCGUGCCUGUCCCCUGUGCUGGCCAUGCCUGUGCCUGUCCCCCCCUCCCACCUGUCCCCACACCCGCCGUGCCCGGUGCCCGGUCCCCUGCGCUGGCCGUGCCCGCCCGCUCCCCUCGGGGUUCCCUCUCCCGGCUGUGUCCGGGGCCGCGUUGCGGGGCGCUGCCCCUCGCUGCAGACACAAUAAAGCGGUCGCUGC